CUUAAAUACAUCAAUCCCCUUAUCUCCAAUUCCUCACCAUCCCUUCUCACAAAUCAUCACCAACACAUUGCAAACCAAACACAAAAGCAACAAUGGCUCUUCUUGCUUUCAUCCUCUUAACCCUCCUUGUCUUUUCAAGCUCAUGUUGCUCCGCUACUCGGUUCCAGCAUCAGAACAGGUACAUACAGAGGAAAACAAUGCUAGAUUUAGCCAGCAAGAUUGGUAUCAACUAUGGUAGACAAGGAAACAACCUACCAUCUCCUUACCAAUCAAUCAAUUUCAUCAAAUCCGUCAAAGCCGGUCAUGUCAAGCUCUAUGACGCCGAUCCAGAGUCUCUCACACUCCUCUCUCAAACCAAUCUCUACGUCACCAUAACCGUCCCUAACCACCAAAUCAAUUCCCUCAGCUCAAACCAAACCACAGCUGAAGAAUGGGUCCAAACCAAUAUCCUCCCUUUCUACCCACAAACCCAAAUCCGAUUCGUCCUCGUCGGAAACGAAGUCCUCUCCGUUGAAGACAGGAACAUAACGGCGAAUCUUGUACCGGCGAUGCGCAAGAUCGUGACUUCUCUAAGAUCUCAUGGGAUUCACAACAUCAAAGUCGGGACACCUUUAUCCAUGGAUUCUCUCCGAUCGACAUUUCCUCCGUCGAACUCUACAUUCCGGGAAGAUAUUACCGGACCGUUGAUGUUGCCGUUGCUGAAGUUUCUCAACGGAACAAACUCUUACUUCUUCGUCAAUCUUCAGCCUUACUUCCGUUGGUCAAGAAACCCUAUGAACACCAGUCUGGAUUUUGCUCUGUUCGAAGGAAACUCAACUUAUACCGACACUCAAUCCGGUUUGGUUUACCAUAAUCUUUUUGACCAAAUGUUGGAUUCGGUUAUCUUCGCAAUGACCAAACUCGGUUAUCCACACACCCGCAUCGCGAUCUCCGAAACUGGAUGGCCUCAUUCCGGCGACAUCGACGAAACCGGAGCCAACGUUCUAAACGCCGCUACGUAUAACCGGAAUUUAAUCAAGAAGAUGACCGCAACUCCACCAAUCGGUACACCAGCUAGACCCGGUUUACCAAUACCAACAUUUGUAUUCUCCUUGUUCAACGAAAACCAGAAACCCGGUUCAGGAACACAGAGAAACUGGGGAAUCUUGCAUCCUGACGGUACACCAAUCUACGACAUAGAUUUCACCGGUCAAAAACCCUUAACCGGUUUCAACCCUCUGCCUAAACCGACGAACAAUGUUCCUUACAAGGGUCAAGUGUGGUGCGUACCGGUCGAAGGAGCCAACGAGGCUGAGCUUGAUGAAGCUUUGAGGAUUGCUUGUGGUCGAAGCAACACGACUUGUGCGGCUUUAGCUCCGGGAAGAGAAUGUUACGAGCCGGUCUCUAUUUCUUGGCACGCAAGCUACGCAAUUAGCUCGUACUGGGCUCAGUUCCGUACCCAAAACGUUCGAUGUUACUUCAAUGGACUGGCUCAUGAGACCACGACUAACCCUGGAGAAGCUGCUUUGCGCUCUAAUGAAUGGAAGGCUGUUCCUGAUAUCUGGAGAACAUCUGCAGAAAAGUAUGGUGAUAAAGUUGCAUUGAUAGAUCCUUAUCAUGAUCCACCUUUGAAGUUGACGUACAAGCAGUUGGAACAAGAGAUUUUGGACUUUGCUGAGGGCUUACGAGUUGUUGGAGUGAAAUCAGAUGAGAAGGUUGCACUUUUUGCUGAUAACUCCUGCCGAUGGCUCGUUUCAGAUCAAGGUAUAAUGGCCACAGGAGCAGUCAAUGUUGUCAGAGGAUCUAGAUCCUCCGUUGAAGAGUUACUGCAGAUAUACCGUCAUUCCGAAAGGAAAGAAGUUUCUGAUUUAGGUGUAGUUCUAGUGAAACACCUUCUUAAAUUCUCAUCUAUCUUUGUAGCCCUUGUUGUGGACAAUCCCGAGUUUUACAACCGCAUCGCUGAAACGUUUACUUCCAAGGCAUCUCUGAGGUUUUUGAUACUUCUCUGGGGUGAGAAGUCAUCGUUGGCUAGGCAGGAGAUGCAGAUUCCAGUUUACAGUUACACAGAUAUUAAAAACCUAGGACAGGAGAGACGUGCAGGAUCUAAUGAAACCAGGAACUAUAAAUCCAUCGGUUCAGAUGAUACAGCCGCGAUUAUGUAUACCAGUGGUACCACGGGGAAUCCGAAAGGCGUUAUGCUUACACAUCGGAAUCUCUUACACCAGAUAAAGCAUUUAUCCGCGUAUGUACCUGCUGAAGCUGGAGAUAGAUUUCUAAGCAUGCUCCCGUCAUGGCAUGCCUAUGAACGUUCUUGUGAAUACUUCAUAUUCACAUGUGGAGUGGAGCAAAUGUACACAUCUAUAAGAUUCUUAAAGGAUGAUCUAAAGCGGUAUCAACCACACUAUCUUAUCUCCGUUCCUUUAGUAUAUGAAACACUUUACAGUGGGAUUCAAAAGCAAAUAUCCACAAGUUCUGCUGCCCGUAAAUUUCUAGCACUUACAUUGAUCAAAAUCAGUCUGGCAUAUAUGGAGAUGAAGAGGGUCUACGAGGGUAUGUGUCUGACAAAAGAGCAAAAGCCUCCAAUGUAUAUUGUUUCUUUGGUUGAUUACUUGUGGGCGAGAGUAGUUUCUUCCUUAUUGUGGCCACUACAUAUGUUGGCCAAAAUCCUAAUAUACAAGAAAAUUCAUGCGUCUAUUGGGAUAUCAAAGGCUGGCAUUAGCGGAGGUGGUAGUUUACCCAUUCAUAUCGACAAGUUCUUUGAGGCUAUUGGUGUGAUUCUACAAAAUGGUUAUGGUUUAACAGAGACCUCACCGGUUGUUUGUGCACGGACACUUAGCUGCAAUGUUCUUGGUUCAGCUGGGAAACCAAUGGCUGGUACAGAGUUCAAGAUUGUAGAUCCUGAGACUAAUAAUGUUCUCCCUCCUGGUUCAAAGGGCAUUGUCAAAGUCAGAGGCCCACAGAUUAUGAAAGUUUAUUAUAAGAAUCCAUCAACCACAAAGCAAGUGUUAAAUGAGAGUGGAUGGUUCAACACAGGAGAUACAGGUUGGAUCGCUCCUCAUCACUCAACAGGAAGGAGUCGUCGAUGUGGAGGUCUCAUCGUUCUUGAAGGCCGUGCCAAGGACACCAUUGUGCUCUCUACAGGUGAAAACGUUGAACCAUUGGAGAUUGAAGAAGCUGCCAUGAGAAGCAGAUUGAUUGAACAAAUCGUUGUUAUUGGACAGGAUCAACGUCGACUUGGAGCUAUCAUUAUCCCAAACAAAGAGGAAGCAGAGAAAGUAGAUCCUGAAAUAUCAAAACUCAGCAAAGAAAAGCAGCUAAAGAGCUUGAUUACCCAAGAACUGAGGAAAUGGACAUCAGAAUGCUCGUUCCAAGUCGGACUGGUCUUGAUUGUGGACGAGCCCUUCACUAUAGACAAUGGCUUAAUGACACCAACGAUGAAGAUUAGACGGGACAAGGUCGUGGCUAAGUACAAAGACGAGAUUAAUCAACUUUACAAUUAACAACUUAUUGAUUUAGUCGUAUUUCUGUUGUUGAUGUAUUUAUUAAUUAAGCGAGAUGAAAACACUCAAUUCAUCUCUGUUGUAUUCCUCUAAACAUAUAUUCAAUAUGAUUACAUAAUAAAUUUUACUUUUAUUGAAGAUCUCCUUUAUAUAAAAAGGGAUAGAUUUCCCUAAGGAUAAAUUUCUAGGUUUCUAAAGGCUGCUACAUCAGCAAAAAUAAUUAACCAAUGGUAGAUUUUAAAACUGUUAUGUCAUUUUCUCUAAUCAAUAAUUUAAAGC